AGUUCUGCUCAAAGCGCCCUGGCUGAACCAGUUUUGGCGACGCCUUCUCGUCGAGCGGUAGGUACGUACGAGUUCCAAAGCCGUCGGGAUGGCUGCACAACCCCAGGGAUGUUUUAUCAAGCUUUAUUGCGAUGACGGCAAAGAAGAAGAAUACGAACUUCACAGCAUUCACUACAAGCUUCAUCCUACCGGUGUCGCGGUGUGCACUUUUAAUACACCUAAAAACAUGAAUUGCCUGGCCAUUAACCAGCAAUGGGAGAUGUUCGCACUACUCGACCAUAUGAGAAGGGAUGGCGAUGUGAAAGUAGCAAUAUGGACAGGUUCGGGUAAAGCAUUCAAUGCUGGUGCAGAUCUACGUGGUGAUGGCACAAUAUACGUACCGAAGCAUGCUCGGAAGAGUAUGUUGGCACGUGGGAUGGGACCAGUGCAAGGUGAUUUUGUUUUGAAGCCGCACACGAUAGCAUUUUGGGAUUUCCCCAAGCCGUCGAUCUGUGCUGUGAAUGGAUUGGCUGUUGGCGGUGCUGCAAACAUGGCACUUACCAAUCAGCACGACUUGGUAAUCUGCUCUACAGAUGCGCGGUUCAUGUAUCCGUUUCCCAAGCUGGGUUUCACGCCCGAGCUCGGGAGUUCUUAUAUGCUUCCGUACCUGAUUGGCCUAGCUAGAACGAAGGAAGUGUUUUACCUUAGUGACUGGUUUAGUGCCGAACAGGCGAAGGAGUGGGGUCUAGUUAACAAGGUCGUCGCCCCAGACCAAUUGCUGCCUGAGGCAAUGCAACUUGCAGAGCGGUUGUGCCUGCUGCAUCCCGCCGCGGUCCAGCAAUCCAAGAAGAUCCUCAAUUCUCAUAUUCGUAGCAAGCUCGAGCAGAUUCUCGAUGAUGAGUCGGCAGUGAUCAAUGCCAGCCUGUUGGCAACGGGCGGGCCGCCGCAGGUUGGGAAGUACAUGAAGAAGCAAGACGAGUUGAUCAAGCAACUGAAGGCGAAGCUGUAGUGGCAGGUGGACGUCUGCCCUGGAAAUGUGACCUGCCGAAUCCGCCUGGGCGAUAACAGAGGAUGAAGCUACUGAGGGCGGUAUUGCAGUGAGGGCUGCACGCUUGUCCUUGAUGUGCCGAGUCGAAGCCUCUAUCCUUGCAGAGGUGGUGCUGCAGUGCCUACCGUCGUAUGGGCAGUCGGGUUCGUUUCAAGAGCGCUCUCUGGAUUUUCCAUCGUCCCCUUUCCAUGAAGCACUGCCAUCGGCAUCGCGAACCGUCGCAUCGGAACAAGAGCGACGCGCGUCGGCAAGCAUGAAUACUGUCCAACGUAUGGAGCACGGACCACGUUGGUUUCGGAUUGGGGCUCGGGGUAUCUGGGGUUAGGCCCUUGCCCUUGCUUUCCCCGGGCGCUUCUCGCCAACUUGAGCGCAACUGGGGCCAGACAUCAGUCUUGUUCCCUUUGGACCUGGGAGGGUUCCGUAUGGCACAGCUUUGCCGCAUUGACAUUUUGGCCAUUGGCGGAUGGAGCGGCGCAGAGGGGGUC